GUUCCGUGGGACGGGAAGAUUCGCUGGGCUCUGGAUGGGGCCACCGUCUUCAAGGACUCGGACGAAGAGCGCCGCGCGCGUAGCCCCUACAAUCUCUUCGGACGGGAUGGCACCAAGCUCUGGGUGUUCCAGUAUGGUCUGCGCUACAUCCCGACGGACACUGAAACCGACGUGUACCGUGCCGUCAAGGUCGAUGGGCUUCCUUCCGACGCAAAACUCAGUGAGAUCUUGUCUCUGACCCCGGGCGAGAUUUUUUCUGCCCGCAUGCUCGACACUCUUGCAAUCACUGGAACCAAGACCGCUCUGAUCACCUUUGUGCAUCAGGUAGAUGCUGUGAGCUUCUUCCAGGCCUCCAAGGACGGUCUCCGCUUGAAAUCCGGACAGGCCACAGUGGCGCCGAUCCCCACCCCCAGCUAUCCUAUCAGCGCGGAUAUGGCGAGAUUGAUCUUCGACAAGGGUUACACCCGGUGCAUCCGCAUCACCAACCUGCGCGAGCCACUGAAGGCGGAGAUUCUUCGGGUCUUGGGGAAUGCGUAUCUUCUGUCCCAGAUUGAGAGCAUCCACGAUGAGCCGGGCGUCGGUAGAAGCCGUUUGCACUUCUGCUCCAUCAAAGGUGCUGCGGCGGCGUAUGUUCUCCUGCGUAGCCUGGCUAAGUUCGACGAAUGUCAGUGGGAGUUCGUGAAG